CCCCACCACCCCCUGCCCUGCCAGCCUCCCCGCCCCCAGCAGGAGCCCGCGCGGGUGGCUGCGCGCCAACUGUGAGCACGGUUGCGAGAGUCCCGGAGCUCCGUGCUCGGUGCAGGCAUGAUCGGCCAGAAGACCCUCUACUCUUUCUUCUCCCCGACCCCCACCGGGAAGCGGACCACGCGCAGCCCCGAGCCGGCCCCGGGGAGCAGAGUGGCGGCCGAGGACAGCGGCGAUGCGGCGGCCAGCCCCGCCAAGAAGGCCCGGGUGGAGCAGAACGAGCAGGCCACGCCGCCCAGUUCGCCGCUCAGCGCCGAGCAGCUCGUCCGCAUCCAGAGGAACAAGGCGGCGGCGCUGCUCAGGCUCGCCGCCCGCAACGUGCCGCCCGGCCUGGGCGAGAGCUGGAAGCAGCAGCUGUGCGGGGAGUUCGGGAAGCCGUACUUCGUCAAGCUAAUGGGAUUUGUUGCUGAAGAAAGAAAACACCACAAGGUCUAUCCACCCCCGGAGCAAGUGUUCACGUGGACCCAGAUGUGCGACAUCCGAGAUGUGAAGGUUGUCAUUCUGGGACAGGAUCCCUAUCACGGGCCUAAUCAAGCUCAUGGGCUUUGCUUCAGUGUCCAAAGACCAGUCCCCCCACCGCCCAGUUUGGAAAACAUUUUUAAAGAGCUGUCGACAGACAUCGAUGGUUUUGUUCAUCCUGGCCAUGGGGAUUUGUCAGGGUGGGCCAGACAAGGUGUCCUCCUCCUCAACGCUGUCCUCACUGUCCGCGCGCACCAAGCCAAUUCCCACAAGGAGAGGGGCUGGGAGCAGUUCACGGAUGCAGUCGUGUCCUGGCUGAAUCAGAACCUCAGUGGCCUCGUUUUCCUUCUCUGGGGCUCUUAUGCUCAGAAGAAGGGUAGUGCCAUCGACAGGAAGCGUCACCAUGUCCUACAGACGGCUCACCCCUCCCCGCUGUCUGUGUACAGAGGGUUCUUUGGAUGUAGACAUUUCUCUAAAGCCAAUGAACUGCUCCAGAAAUCUGGCAAGAAGCCCAUCAACUGGAAGGAGCUGUGACCCCUCAGGCAGGGCGGUGUCUGUCUACAGCAGUGCUUUCAGAUGCUGCUGCUGAGUCGACAGUUAAGUCACUGAAAACGUCCCUGUUCUAAGUUCCUUGUGUGAGCGGAGAAAUGGAGAGAUCUCUAUAGAACCAACAUGAGCCAGCCAGGAUACAGAAACCGCAGCUCCAGCAGGCAGAGCCUCCUGACUGGAACUAGGUCUGAACUCUGCAGGCCCGCAAGGUGGCUGUCGCAACACACCUGCUUCUCAGGCCAGCAGCCGUGGCCUGGGUCCUGUGGGCUGCGCUGGGGCUGGAGGAGAGGUCUGCACCUUUUGAGUAGUGCUGUUCGGUGCUCACUGCUGUUCGGUGCCUGCUACUGUUUGCUUUAUCUUAGAGAUUACAAAGUGUCAGGAUGUGUGCUUCAAAAGGCCCUUUUGUCUCUAGAGGAACCUUGGCUGUUUGAGUCCUGGGAAAUCUGGCUUACAAUUGAGAAUCUGCUUCCUGAUCACAAAGGGUGUGGGUGUCUCCCUGGGCUCACAAGUGGUUGCUCUGCUUCUCUGCCUUGAGCAGGGGCUGAAGUUGAACAAAGCAGGGGAUGAUUUGAUUUGUUAGUGAGGGUGGGUGGUUUUCUAGUGCCUGUGGAGUUAACUGUUUCUCCUCACUGUAGACUGACUGCUGCAUGUGAUCUGUGUGGUGCUGGCUGGGGAUCCAACUCCGAGGCGCUGUUUUUUUGUUUGUUUUUUUGGUUUUUUUUCCAUUCCUUUUUGAGAGACACCUCCAAGCUGGAUUCCGUGGGUCCAGCUAGUUAGAGGCGAGGGCUCCCUGAGCGGGAUAAUAAAAGAUGGUUGAAGUUUG